AAGUGAUCUGCAGAUGUUCGUUGCCAAAUGUGCGUCAUAUUGUUAGCCGAUGUAGACAACAUUGUUGUCGGCUUUGUCGCUAAGCUGUGCUGCCGCUGCCUGUGUUUUGUUGUGUUAUUUCCAUUUUUUUUCGGAAACAAGUGACGAUGCUGCACAGGCUGUCCCACCACGGGAGGGUUACCAUCUGCUCCGGUUCAGAAAAGGAAGCCGAUUAUCAGUAAUUCGUGGAAGCUCAAAACGCAGGAAAUGUCUCAGUAAAACUGCUGAAUAGGAGACUGCAGGAAAGUGCACCAACUAUAGUACAAGAUAGUGUUCCAGAAGGAAGUGAAAACUGGGAAUUGAAGCGACCACUUUUGACGCGCCUAUCAACACUUCGAGAGAGUUUACUUCAAAAACAACAAGAAUGGGAAGUUUCUCGGAGUCAGACACCAUACUCAGAACAAUCUUGGCAGUCAUAAUGUAUUUCCACAGUCUUGGACUAUGGGAGUUAUAUGGCAUUUGAAAUUGGGAACAGGGAAAAGUCACAAGGAGCCAGAUCCAGUGAAGAGGGUGGGUGCAAUACUGUUUCCUUUGGCCAAAAACCUUUCCGACACUCAAUGUUUGUGACUAAGAGCAUUAUCAAGGGAUCUGUUCUUUGAAGAAAUAGAAACAUCUUGCUCAAAUUAAACUGUGGAAAUGGAAGCUACUGCGUUGUGAAGACCAGUGAUGCUUACUUACAUCACAGAUGAUCAUUGAACAGCACACAAUAAUUUCUGUAAAGACUUUCAUGUCAUCAUAUGCACAAGUUUUCUGUUAAUUUGGAAGGUGACUGUAGCAGAAGAUUUAUAUUUACAAGAAGAUUAAUAUUUACAAACCUCUUGCAGCGAAUUGAAACAAAAUAGUUAAGGAUGAAUCUUCUUUCUGCUUAAUAGCCUAUGCUAAUUUUGUUAACUUAUUCAGUAAAUAUUAAAGUAAAAAAAAAACAACAACAAAAUGGCAACCAUCAAGCUUGAUGAUCUGCUGGGGAAAAAGAAAGAAGCUCCUCAAGUGCUGGACCUGUCUCGUAGUGUAGUCCAGUCAAAGGAGGACAUGCGAAAAUUGAUGGACAGAGUCCCAGAAUACAAGAUACGUCCUGAAAAGGUACGACAUGAAGAGAUCCGAAUGCGUGAAAAGGAUUUUACAUUUCGACCACAACGAAGAGAAUUUCGCCGACAGGGAGAAUAUUCUUAUGCAAACCCUGUCCCUCCUGACAUGCGUUCUGUUGCACUGGAAGAUCUAAGCCCUGUUCCAAUAGACUGGAAAAUGCUCACUUCAGUAAGGCCACGUUCAAAGGUUGAUGAAGAACUAUUUUCCAGACUGGUGCUUCUUGGAAAACUACAUCUCUACACUGCUGCUCAAGAGUCCCAGAACAAACCAGAAAAUCUGAUAAACCGAGUGAAGAAUCGAGCUGGUAUUCUUGAUUCAAGACCUCCAGUUUGUCUAGAGUGUUUGGAUGAGUUUUGUGAUGGAACUGCCUGUCAAGAUUUCCUUUAUGAUUCCUUUUUUCGCUGUGAUAUAAAUAAAGAUGAAGAAGAUGUAAUGAAAUUAAAUGGGAACUCUGCAUCUCGGUCCAAGAACCAGGGAAAGAAACAUAGAGGUCAAAAGGGAAAGGCCAUGGGAACAGGAACAGGUAAACGAUGGAAGAAAGGAAAGAAGAGGCGAAAAAAAAGCAAAACAAAUAAUACAGAAGAGAAAGAAUAGUGGCAUUCGUGCAAACUCAUUAUCAACAUUAUUUUUAAAUGUUCUUUCUUAGUUGUAAAUCUUGUUAUGACCUACUUUUUGAGGAAAUUUUCCAAAUAGAAAUGUAUCUGAGAAAAUUAAAAAAAAGUGUAGUACCUUGGCAGAAAGAACACAUAUAAGCAGUUUUAGAGACCAAAAAGUAUCUGAUAAGAUAAUAGUGUUCACUUAUGAACAGAUGCAAUGCACAAAUCUUUAACUUCCAGAAAGAACUAAUCAGAUGCUGAAAUCAAACUACGUAUCAGUACUAGGACGAAUAUAGGAAGUACUCAUUUUAAGAAGUGAGUUCCAAGCAAGGUCACUUGCAAUGGGAAAAAAUACAUUAAAAUUAAUGUUAAAUGCUACUUUACAAAAGUAAAAACAGAAGUAAAAAAUGUCCUAUUUUAACUACACAAUGGCAAAAGGGUAAAUAAUAAUCAUGUAUGAAAAGAAAAUUGCAUGUUAUGCAGAUUUAAAAAAUAUAUAUAUUUCAGCUAGACAACCAUUAUAUUCUCAUAGUGAUUACCAUUUAAUAAUGUUAACAUUUUCAUUUCAAGAACAACUAAUUUCAUAAUUAAUGAUUGAAUAUAAUAGAGGGAAACAUUCCACGUGGAAAAAAUAUAUCUAAAAAGAAAGAUGAUGAGACUUACCAAACAAAAGCGCUGGCAGGUCGAUAGACACACAAACAAACACAAACAUACACACAAAAUUCUAGCUUUCGCAACAAACGGUUGCUUCGUCAGGAAAGAGAGGGAAAGACGAAA